CUCGUAUUAACUUACUUCCAAGAUCAACUGACCAUCCAGGCUGAUUCUCACCCACAUACUCACACCGCAUGUGAAGGGCUACUCCUGUAAAUCCUCACGUUGAUUCCUCUCAUUGCGUUCAUUUAUCCUAUGUUCAAGCUAUGUUUCACGGACCCUUGCUGUUACCAAUUGGGCUUGUUAGUUUGUUGAUUCAGGUCGCAUUUGCGGAUGAGGACUCGGUCUUGAAGAACAAGGACGGGAAGAGCCCAUGCGAUUUGAAGGACGCUGUAUCGACAUGCAAAGCGCAUCCGACGCGUGGUUUACUUUUGUUCCCUCGCGAAACAAUUCCCGCGAACCGGUGUACAUGUACCAACGUCUUUUGGAAUAUAUGGAGCGCUUGUCUUGAGGAUUCGAACGUUUCGAAGGGGUAUUCGUGGGAUUGGAAUCAGACAUGCGAGAAGAACCAAUUGACAGUUCAGACCUAUACUACAGCCGAUGGUGUUGACUAUUUGAAAGGGAUAGAUAUACCGGAUUGGGCGUUUGCUAGGUUUCCCUCACAGAACAAGACAUUUAACCUUGCACAAGCAAUUGAAGCUUCAGACGCUUCAGACGCUCAUCAGGGCUGGUCGACGAUUCAAAUUGUCGUACCGGUUGUCUCUGUCGUGGUUAUGGCCCUUAUUUGCGGAGUGUCUUUUUUUUAUUACCGUUCUCGGAAAAAUCGGAAAAGAAAUGGCAAGCCGUCGAGUGGAAAUCAAUCUCAGGUCACUCUUCUUCAGCGCAUUACAGCUGGACUUCGAGCACAGAAAGUCCGUAAAGAAAAACGUCGAAGCUCAUGGGUCAUCGAUCAAACGGAGGCCGAAGAGUUCGAGUUGGCUCUACAGAAAUCCCCAUCAUCAACUGGUGCUACGUAUGGAGGUGGACACGUCCGACUUUCGUCUUCGCCUACAUCCGGAGAACCUAGUUAUUCAACGCUACUUACGUCCACCGCUAUGCAGAAGGGACAAUCUGAGCAGGCGUUUCCCGGUACUAGGCUAUGGCGAAACUUUCAACUAGGUCGGAAACUCGGGAGAGGCUGGUUACUGCUUCGUUUGCCUUUUAAAAAAACCCCAGUUCCAGUGCACUCAACAUCCCCUUCUCGCCGUUUCGAGAUCGAUGCAUCUAACAAGAGCGUCAGGACCCUUUCCACCUUGGAGAACUACAGGAGAGCCGGUUUCCGGACCAGUUCGCGUUUGACGAAUUCAGAGUCAGGCAUUGUAUCUCCUAUAUGGGACUACUCCAUUCAACACGAUACCAUAUUUGAGGACGACGAUGAAGACGAUAGUGAUAGCCUUGGACUGGGACUAGGACCAAGGGGUAGUCACAUUGCCGACGAAAAUCAACGCCUCAUACCUGCGAGGAACAAUGUCCCUGCCACUGACGUUCUCGUUAUUUCACGACAAUUAUCUGUCGAUUCCGCAGAAACUGCGUCGCACUCCUUGCAGGUUGACCCUCCAUCUCCGAAUAGGUCUUCCCCUAGUACACCUAUUGCACCCCCACCCAGAAAAUCGUCGGGUCGCUCUCGCGCAGGAUCACGAUUUGUUAACACACCUCCCGCUCCAAGUUAUCCUGCUCCGUUGCCGCCUCCUUCUCCUCCACGUUCUCCUCCACGCGAACAACGACCCUCCAUAGAUAGUGUAAUGUCGGAGCCGCCUGUAAUGUCAGCUCCCACAUUUCUUUCUUCGUCCGCUGAUGCACUACCGUCUCUCUCUGUCAACAUGUCCGAUCCCACACCUCUUUACACAAAUCGCCGGCCACCAAACGCUGUACAGCAAAAUCGACUCGCGCCAACCCACAUACCUAACAUUCCUCACCAACACUCCUCAUCCUCAUUAAACCGUCCAAUUCCGCCCCCGCCUCCUCCUCCUUCCCUCAGACCCUCCACCUCAGAGCAAAGACUUCAUGUUCAGCGCUCCGCAGAACAACUGAUGUCAGCUCCUCCUCCCUCCCUCAGACCUUCCACCUCGGAACAAAGACUACAUGUCCAGCGCUCUGUAGAACAGCUGAUGUCAGCUCGCGUGACAUCAACAAACAGUUCUUCUAAUUCCCAAUACUCCAUAUUAUGCUCCCCUCCGUAUCGAUCUACACCUUUACCAGAAGAAAUUCUCAUAGCUCGGGGUGGACCUGCCCUCGGUCUCGGUGGACUUGGCGGACAAGAGCUCUCCGAGCUUGCUGACCGGCAGGAAAUGUCGCCACCAUAUCGCUCACAAUCUCCCCCUUCCGUCCGCGCUCCCGCGUCCACGCAACUUAACGGACACCAGACAAAUCACCGACAGGUACCACUUGCUUCUCCUCACGUCCAGGGCAGACGUGAAUUACCCGUGCCUCCUGGAAUCCAGUCAUCUCCGCGCCCGCCGCAUCAGCGGGCGUUAUCAGCUGAUAAAAUAGACCACAACCACCCUCGGUCGCCGUUCUUUGUUCCUAAUGAAGUACUAAGCGGCAGAAGAACGUCUUCGGAUAGUACUUCUGCCGUCUUUCGGCCGCUUCCGAGCGUCAAUGGCAAUGGUGAUGACCUCCAUCUGCCGGGUACGUCCCGAGGAAAUAUGUCAAGUGACUCGGUACUCUUUGCCGGAAGUACCGGCUACGAUCCCAGAUGGUAUCCGCCACCUUCGAUUGGAUAGUUCGAGUAUCAUGGGUUGUGCAUCUUUCUUCUUCACUCCCGUUGGUAUUGCUUUGGCUCUUUUUGCCCAUGGACAUUGGACUAUUUUUAUCAUUUUCAUUUUAUCUGUCUUUCUUACUUUUGAGCUCAAUGGAGUUGCAUAAAUCUUGUAUCAUAUAUGGUGAACUUUGUGGUAGAAAUUAGAUCUAGUAUGUACUGCGUGAACG